UUUUGGUGUAAAUUUUACUUGAGUUUUACUAUGAGUAUAUCGUGAAAAAGACCUAAUAUUAUAUAUUUUAGAAUACUGACACUGCUCUAGAGAAAGGUGGCAUCUACAAUAACUUAAGCAAUUGUCAAAACAUUUUCGGAUAAAUAUUUGUUUAAUAACAGACUAAUUGGUGUGUUUUGAAAUGCCUGUAAAGAAAUUAAUUAGAAAAGUUAAAGAGAAUGAAAUUUUAUACCGGAAACCCUUUAUCAAAAAUAAUUUGACAGAGGAACAAAAAAAAAAAUGGAUGGAAAUCGCGAAUUCUUGCAAUAUUGAGAGUGUUUCAGGAGCAAUAAGUAUGUGGCAAACAGUUCUUUAUAAUUAUAGGAAUUAUUUGACAAAAGGAACAAAGUUUACAUAUGCUAAUGAUAUGCAGUUUAUGCAAGCAUUUAUAUUUGAAGAUGAGCUCUGUGAAAAUAGUACGUUGAAUGUUGAAUAUGACGAAAAUGAAUUGGAUCGUAUUUUAAAUUCUGAAGAUGAGGAUAAUCAAUGCACCAUCCUAGAAAAAACUCGCACAAAUAAUGUUCGGGAUAAAACUAUAGAAAAAAAUGACUUAAAGCAGAAUGAAAUGAAUUUGGUGGUGCAAGAAAGAGUUUCUCAUUUACAAGAACAUCAAUGUGUGGAAAAUGACACGAAUGGGGAUUUUACACAAUCCUUUAAUCAUACAAAUUUAUCUUCUUUGGAAUUAAUUUUUCUUGGUUAUGCAAAACUGGUGCAAAGUAUGUCACUACCACUUCAAAUUCAGACAAAGAAAAAGAUAUUGAACAUUAUGGAGGAAGCAGAAUUGCAAAUGCUAAAUGAGAAAUAAGAUAAAUUAAUAAAUAAUGUUUUGAAUAAUAAAUAUUAACUUAUGACC